GCGGCCCUGAGAAGUGAAUAUGGCGGCUGCCUGUGGCCUCCGCUGGGGCCUGAGCCGAGCUGGAACCUUGUUGCUUCCGCCGUCCGCACGCUGUGCUCGCCGGACUCUGCACAGACAGGUAGAUGGCACCGAGUUCCAGAGCAUCUACAGCCUGGACAAGCUCUACCCUGAGUCCAAAGGCGUGGAUACCGCCUGGAAGGUCCCGGAGCAUGCAAAACAAACAGGCAGUGACAUCCCUCUAGAUCGGUUGAACAUAUCUUACUGUCGGAGCAGCGGCCCUGGGGGGCAGAACGUUAACAAAGUGAACUCUAAGGCUGAGGUGAGGUUUCACUUGGCCAGCGCAGACUGGAUCGCCGAGCCUGUCCGCCAGAAGAUUGCGCUCAUGCAUAAAAAUAAGAUCAACAAGGCAGGGGAGCUGAUUCUUACCUCUGAGAUCAGCCGCUAUCAGUUCCGGAAUCUGGCAGAAUGCCUGCAGAAAAUUCGAGACAUGAUUGCCGAAGCCAGCCAGGAGCCCAAGGAGCCGUCCAAAGAGGACGCUCAGCUUCAGAGACUCAGAAUAGAAAAAAUGAAUCGGGAAAGACUACGACAGAAAAGAAUAAACUCCUCCAUAAAGACGAGCAGGAGGGUGGCCAUGGACUGAAGUCACCCACACUGCUGGCAAAGACCGGGGUCCACGAAGCUCUGCAGAGAAGACCUUUCUUGAUUAAGUGGAGCCUUGCCAGAACGUCCUUUGCAGAGAAGGCUUUGGGUCAUCCAGGGCUACCCCUCCGUUGUGUGCCUCAUGUACUACUAAUAAACCUCUAAGAACAGGA